CCGCCCCCGCCGUGGGUUCCAGCAGCUCUGGCGGCGGGAGGAACGGCAGCGGUCGAGCUGCGUAUCUCCGCGAGGCUCCCGUGCGCCUCGACCCGCAGCCUCCUCACGCGCCCCGCGCGCCGCCAAGAUGCCUAAGAGGAAGGUCAGCUCGGCCGAAGGGGCGGCGAAGGAGGAGCCCAAGAGGAGAUCGGCGAGAUUGUCGGCUAAACCUGUUCCAGCUAAAGUGGAAACGAAGCCAAAAAAGGCUGCCGGAAAGGAUAAAUCUUCGGACAAAAAAGUGCAAGCAAAAGGGAAAAGUGGAGCCAAGGGAAAACAGGCUGAAGUGGCUAAUCAAGAAACCAAGGAAGAUUUACCUGCGGAAAAUGGAGAAACUAAAAAUGCGGAGAGUGCAGCUUCUGAUGAAGCAGAAGAAAAAGAAGCCAAGUCUGAUUAA